AUCACCUUGGUGGCAACGUCGGCGAUAUCAGUAAGGUAUAAAAGCACGCCUGUUAUCGGGUAAAUUACAAAAAAAAAAAAAAAAGUGUAAAUUAAGAAAUAAAACACAAAAAUACACGCUUUUCCUGGUGAACCGCGCAACGUGGACCCUGCGCACGAAUGGCCACCCGUGGGGCCGGCACCGCUGUGGUCCACACGACGGUGACAGCCACCUCGCUGACGGUGGAGACGAUCACCAAUGUGCUGACCACGGUGACUUCGCUCCAUUCGAACAGCGUCAACAUCUCAAACAACAACAGCAGCAGUGCAGCGGCCCCGGGGACGGAUGCGGCCAGCGGCGAUGCAGGGAGCGCGGCAGCGGCCCAGACGGACACCAACAAGCCAAUCUAUCCGCGGCUCUUUAACCGCAUCGUGCUGACGCUAGAGAACAGCCUGAUUCCGGAGGGCAAGAUCGACGUGACGCCAUCCAGCCAGGAUGGACUGGACCACGAGACGGAGAAGGACCUGCGCAUACUGGGCUGCGAACUUAUUCAGACGGCGGGCAUUCUUCUGCGCUUGCCGCAGGUUGCCAUGGCCACCGGCCAGGUGCUGUUCCAGCGCUUCUUCUACUCGAAGAGCUUCGUGCGGCACAACAUGGAAACUGUGGCCAUGAGCUGCGUGUGCCUGGCCUCCAAGAUUGAGGAGGCGCCGCGACGCAUCCGAGACGUGAUCAAUGUAUUCCACCACAUCAAGCAAGUGCGGGCUCAAAAGGAAAUCUCACCCAUGGUGCUGGAUCCGUACUACACGAACCUCAAGAUGCAAGUGAUCAAGGCCGAGCGACGCGUCCUCAAGGAACUGGGCUUUUGCGUGCACGUGAAGCAUCCGCACAAGCUGAUCGUUAUGUAUCUGCAGGUGCUUCAGUACGAGAAGCACGAGAAGCUGAUGCAGCUCUCCUGGAACUUCAUGAAUGACUCGUUGAGAACGGACGUUUUUAUGCGCUACACACCGGAGGCGAUUGCAUGCGCCUGCAUCUACCUGAGUGCCCGCAAGCUCAACAUACCUCUGCCCAACAGCCCGCCGUGGUUCGGCAUUUUCCGGGUGCCCAUGGCGGACAUUACGGAUAUCUGCUACCGUGUGAUGGAGCUGUACACGCGUUCUAAGCCGGUGGUGGAGAAACUGGAGGCCGCCGUGGAUGAGCUGAAGAAGCGGUACAUUGAUGCGCGCAACAAAACGAAGGAGGCAAACACACCGCCGGCUGUAAUCACCGUGGAUCGCAACAAUGGCUCACACAAUGCGUGGGGUGGCUUCAUCCAGCGUGCUAUCCCACUGCCCUUGCCAUCGGAAAAGUCGCCGGAGAAGGAUUCUAGGUCACGUUCGCGAUCCAGGACGCGCACCCAGUCGCGGACACCUCGCUCCCGCUCACCCAGGUCCAGGUCGCCGAGUCGCGAGCGCACCAAGAAAUCCCACCGCAGUCGAUCCUCCCGCUCGCGCUCCCGGUCGCCGCCGAAGCAUAAGAAAAAGUCGCGUCACUACUCGAGGUCGCCCACGCGAUCCAGUUCACCGCACAGCAAGCACAGGAAGACGAAAUCCUCGCGAGAACGCUCUGAAUAUUACUCCAAGAAAGACCGGUCUGGGAACGCAGGCAGCAGCAAUAACCUAGGUGAUGGCGACAAAUAUCGUAACUCCAGCUCCAAUUCAGGCAAGCACAGUCGCUACUCCUCGUCGUCGCAUCGGAACAGCGGCGGCGGUGGAGACGGAAGAAGCGGUGGAGGAGGAGGUGGUGGCGGCGGAGGAGGAGGCAGUGGGAACCACGGCAGUCGAGGUGGCCACAAGCAUCGGGAUGGCGACCGCUCCAGGGAUCGCAAGCGCUAGGGAUUGACAGACAAGCUAAACAAACACUCCUUUUUAUUUAAUUGCUUUUUUUUUUACAGAUUUGAAGAUCAUUUCUACCGAUUAGUUUGAUUUAGUAAUUCUAAUGUAUAAUGUAAAACGAACGCGGGUAAAGAAUAAAUGUAACUCCUCAAUC